GAUCGACUUCUCUGUGAGCAGCUUCUCAUCACUGAAGUCCAUCUGCUCCCCGCUUGCAGUUAGCUCUAGAGGUCAAACAACACCGGAUUUCAUUCAUCAUCUCUAUCGCCAUGGCGGAUCCAAGAAUACGGCAGAUUAAAAUUAAAACGGGCAUCGUGAAGAGGCUGGCCAAAGAGGAGAUUUCAUACAUAAAUGAAGCAAGGCAGCAAGAAGAGAAAGUUGAGCGCCUGAAGGCAGAGGGAGAGGAUGAAUUUGUCAUCAAGAAACAGGUGGAGGUGUUGCAGGAGUCUAGAAUGAUGAUCCCAGACUGCCGCCGCCGUCUGGCUGUAGCCCACGCAGACCUGCUUCAGUUACUUGAAACAGAAGAGGAGCUGGCUAAAUCAGAGGAGUACAAUGAAGCUAGAAACGUAUUGGACUCAGUGAAGCUUGAAGGAUAAUUUCUGCCGGCUUUCUGUCCUCACUGCUGGAAUCACCGGCUUAAAUGUCCAUUCCUUUCUUCAGGCCUCCUUUAGAACCACAGACACCUAACAGAAUCCAUUCAAAGUUUCUGCUCUUGAUGUGAUUGUUUCUACUGUUUACUCCUAGCAUGCCACCACAUUUGUUCAACUUCUGUGUAAAUCCCAUAAGAAUACAGUAAAAUAUUCUGUUUAUUAACACAAAAGAGUGAAGAAGUGAAUGGGGGGGUGGUUCUAAGCUUUCUCAUUAUUAAAUGCACGCUUUUGGUCCAAUCACUUUUCUGCAGGACACUUUGUUGGUUUGAACCAUUACUGAAAGACUUUUGCUUCUUUUAUAAAUUAGAAUUGUUGCCUUCUCUCGGUUUUUAUUAGCUCAGAUUAUGUUGAUUUUGACUCUUAAUCUGCCUUUUUGUUUCUGAAUAAAUAGAAAAUAAGGUGGGAAGUGAUUUAUAGCAAUUCACAGUCCAGAUAUGCACUGUGCAAUUAUUUUAUUAGAGGCGUCCUGUUGGUUUUUAUUUCUUUUUAAUUGAUCACUCCACUUGGCAAAGCAGUUGGAAGGAUUUAAUUGCAUGUAUGUACUUGUUGGUGUUCCUGUUAACAACACUGAACUGGAUUGUGUCUUGAUGCCUACAAUAAAGAAGAGAGCACUUUGGGAAACUC